AUGUCAGAUUAUAAUAGGUACACAACAGGAGAGCAAGUCGCCUCGGACUGUCGCUCCUCAAUCGAAAACAAAACCGUUCUUAUCACUGGCGUCACAUCCGGCGGGCUGGGUGCUGGAUUCGCAACCAUCAUCGCUCCAUACAGACCCUCAGUGAUCAUACUCGCAGCAAGAGACACAUCCAAAGCCGAGGAAACAGCUCAACAGAUACAAAGUAUAGCUCCAUCAGUCGUCACUCGCAUCCUCGAGCUCGAUCUCAACUCCCAAACGCAGAUUCGGAAAGCAGCGAAGGAGGUGCUCUCGUACGAGGAGCAUAUCGAUGUCCUCGUUAACAAUGCCGGUGUUAUGGGCCCGCCAUUCCGGCUAACGGAAGAUGGCCUGGAGAGUCAAUUCGGCAUCAACCACAUCGGUCAUUUCUUGUUCACAAAUCUGAUUAUGAACAAGCUCGUCGCGCCAGGAAAAAGCGCGCGGGUUGUAAAUGUGGCAAGUGAUGGGUAUCGAAUGGGACCUAUCCGGUUUGAGGACUGGAACUUCGAUGAUGGAAACACGUAUGACCCCUGGCUGGGGUAUGCUCAAGCCAAGACAGCAAACAUGCUCUUUUCUGUCUCUUUGGCUCGGAAGCUGGGGAAGGUUGGUCUCGUAUCGGUUAGCCUUCAUCCUGGUGUGAUCAACACAAAUCUAUUGAGGUACGAUGUAGGCGCGUCUGUUGACGCAAUUGUAAAAUGGGACAAGCUGCAGGGAAAUCGCUCUUACUGGGAUGGGUUCAAAUGGAAGACCAUGUCGCAGGGUGUAGCAACUCAUGUCGUUGCCGCGUUCCAUCAUAUGAUCUCACCUACUGAAAACAACGGCAGCUUCCUGUCAGAUUCGACUGUCAUCAUCCCAGAAGACAUCCGGUGCUGGGCCAGAGACGAGAUAGAGGCUGAAAAACUGUGGAAAUUGAGUGAGAAAAUUGUAGGAGAAAGGUUUCACUACUGA